AGAAAGAGGAGGAGGAAGAAGAAUCCACGGAUACACAUAUUUUCCCCGCCGCGAAACCUAAGACGGCAGAGAUCAAUUGUUGAUCAAGAAGAAGAUUUUGAAGUUGGGAGAUGAUGGACCGAGCGAAUCACGGAUCGAGCACGCGUAAAAGGGGUCGUCCUCUCGGAGAUGAAGGCCAGGCUCAGCACCCACCUGUUGUUACUACCACUGAUGAGAAUCUGAUUGGUCAGGUUUUUUCCGGUGUGGUUGAAGGUUCUUUCGAGGCAGGAUACUUUCUCAACGUUAAGGUCCUUGACACUGAGAAGCAACUCAAAGGCAUCGUUUUCUUACCAAAUAAAGUCGCUCCUGUUACUCCAGCUACUGAUCUGUUUCCCCAAGCUAAGAUGUAUGUUAGAGAACAUAUCACAACUCCACCAGAGGUUAAGACAAAUCAAUCUGAUAAAAACCAAUCUGCUAUGCUGCCUGAUAAUCAUCCAGUGAGUCUUGGUUCCGAGGCUAUUAAUGAGAGGAAUCAUCCUGUGGAUGCAGAGAUGAAAGAUGUUGGUCUCACUGAAACUAAAGGCCAAACCCUCUCUCUGAUGCCGCAGUUUGCUAGUGAUGAUGUACCCAAAGAGGAUCACACUGUCCUCAGAUCUGAAGCUUGUGAAUCAAGCAAGACAGCAGUUACAGCCACUUCUUCUUUACCUGAAGAUUCUACCACUUUCGUUGAUUUCUUUCCAGCACCUGGAACAAAUCGAAAACAGGCCACGGGAUCCAGCUCGUCUUUCAGCCUUGAACUCUUUCAGAGUGAGACUAAUCAACUGGGAACUGAGGAUGAGAAAUCUCCUGCAGGUGUUGAGCCUCGUGGAGUGGAGGUCAAAUCAGCCUCUCCCGUUGAUGAUGAUGUGCCAGAGGAGCUUCAGCUAGAGCUUGGCAACAAGAAAAUGAAUGCUUCAGCUCUUGCAGCAACUGAAGCAAAUCCUGAGCAGCCUGCUUCAUCCAAGAGUGGUUUCUUGGUGGAUUUGUUUGAAACUAGAGAAGAGACAGUGAAAGAACCAGAACAAUCUAAUGCAGCUUCAGAGAGUGGCUUCUUGGAGGCAGCAACACAAGUAGAUGAUGAUAAUGAUUCUUGAGAAGUGGGAUUGCAACAUCAAAGAAACAGAAGCGCUUUUGUUUUCCUUCUAUUGGUUAUAAACUUAGGGUAGUUAGCGAACUUAUCAGGCUCUUUCUUCUGUCUCUCACUUUAUGGCAUACUGUUUUUGCUCAUUUGCCA